AUGGAUACCAUCACAGCGCUUGGUGUCGCGAGCGACAUCCUCGCUAUCACAGAGUUCGGUUUACAACUACUCUCAACCUCCGUUGCACUCAAAGUCUCGUCGACGAUCGAGGAAAAAGACGAAAAUUCCGCAGUCGAAGAUUACAGAAGAUUGAGAUUGGCGCUCUUCAACAAGCAUGCUUCAUUGCAACGGCGAUUGCUGGCGAGUCCAUUGCCACUGCUGAAGGAUGAGCUGGCACUGUUAGAACUAGCCACUUCUUCUCUAGAAGAUUCUGAGGUGCUACUCGAGACUAUUGGAGACAUACCCAAAGAUUUUCCAGGAAAUAGACUUUCGUCACGGAAGACGGACGCUACAAACUAUGUUGAUUCCAAGCUAGGGGGAAGAUUCAGGCCAGAGAACGUAAAGCGGCUUUCUCACGUCGUAACACGUCAUGCCAGUUCCAUUCUGAGCUUCCGAAUCAUUGAGCUCAAAAAGACCAUCGAAUUGUUGGAAAAUGUCAAACAACAGUUUAGACCAGAGCAUGAGUCUCGAAUCAACUCCAUUUCUCAAGAUGUAGAGAAUCUCCGACUUGAGGUUCAGAGGCGGUCAGUGGAUCCGUAUAGGGGAAACUCUGUGGCCUUUACGAAUACCGAUAUCAGACUAUUCAGCGAUCGAUUGACUACCUUAAUCGAAGCCGAGGACAACAUGUUUGCAGACAAAAUCGUCGCCAGUCUGAAUUAUUCCAGUCGACCGGUGCGCCACGAUUCUGUCCCGCAGACACACAAAAACACAUUCCAGUGGGCCUUUGACUCGCGGCUUUCCAAAUGGUUCAGCUCUGGAAGCGGCAUCUUUUGGGUUUCAGGCAAACCGGGCUCUGGGAAAUCUACCUUUAUGAAAUUUAUCGCAAAACACUCUCAGACAAAGGAGUUGCUUACCCAAUGGGCGGGCUCCGCAGACACUCUCGCUGUAGCGGUGCACUUUUUUUGGAUCGCAGGCACACCGAUCCAAAAAUCAUGGCAGGGACUGCUCCAGUCGUUGCUCUUCGAUGUCUGCCACAAACAUCCUUCAGUAGUCCCGCUGAUCUGUCCCAGUCGUUGGGAAGCUGCCAAGGCUGGACGCUGGCAGCCUGCUGCAGAACCGUGGUCCGUUUCGGAGCUUACGGCUGCACUUCGAGCAUUGGCAUCGGCAGACAAUAUGCCGCUGAAAAUAUGUUUCUUCAUUGAUGGGCUCGACGAGUACGACAGUGAUCAUGCCGAGCUCUGCAAGGUCCUCUGCGAUAUGGCAAAUUCUCCUCAUAUCAAAAUGUGUUUGUCUAGCCGUCCGUGGGAUGUAUUUGAAAGGAAUUUCGGCGGCGAAGGCAAAGAGAGACUAGACAUUCACGAACUGACUCGAAGCGACAUCCGAGAGUUUGUGGGUGAUCAGCUCCGGGAGCAUCCAAAGUGGGCUAUAGUUGAGUCUGAAACGACGGCGCCUGAGAAGUCUAGUCUUAUAGAACAGAUCGUUGCUAAGGCCGAUGGCGUGUUUCUCUGGGCUUUCUUUGUAACACGAUCGCUACGAGAAGGUCUCUCUAACGGCGACAGAAUUAGCAAUCUGAUCCAACGUCUCAGUGGUUUACCGACUGAUCUAGAGCAGUUGUUCAAGCACAUGUUAGAAAGCGUGGACCCAGUUGAUCACCCCAAGAUGGCGGGUAUUCUACAAGCCGCUGCUCACGCAUUGGAACCUCUUCAUAUCGACCUCUAUUGGCAAUUGGAAAGAGAGUUUGAAGAAUACGACUAUGCUUAUCGAUGCCCGAUAGGAUCCAGACCACUGGAACAAAUCUCCAAGCAGAGAGAGCAGACGACUCGCAGCAUUAAUGACAAGACGAAAGGCUUACUCAAGCUUGUAAAUCUACGGGUUGAGUUUCUCCAUAGGACAGUCAAGGACUUUGUCUUGACCAAAGACUUGGAAGAGUACUUGCGUGGCAAACUCCCAGAUGAUUACAACGGUUUUGUAUCCAUCGCCACUGCAUACCUCGGCUUUCUCAAAACCACAUGCCACCACACCUCACUUGUCGCUGGGAUCAUGAGGCAUGGGAAGGGACUGAACAGUGGACCGUUCAUCUCACAUCUCAACCACGCUCUGUUUUACGCAUCGGAGGCACUGAAAGCCGACCAGUUUGCUUCUCAUCACUACCACCGUACUACGACAUUGCUAGAUAAGUAUGAAGCGGCCAUUGAGGCCAUGGUGCGCAUAGGGCACGUCACCAUAAGAGGAGUCAACUCCGAGGCAUGCCACCCUGGGUUGCCUUUCCGCGAGGAGUUACUCAAGCACAACUUGACAUCCUACAUUGAAAAAAGAAUUCGCGAGCAACCUGAAUUCUUCAACAUCUUUGACGAAUCGCCACUGUUCGCCGCGCUCACCCCCAUGUCGCUCAACAGCGGCGAGAGCCCAGCUCCCGUAGCCAGGACCCUCGACGUCCUCCUCCAACGCGGAGAGGAUCUAAAUUUGCUACCUCGGGUCAGAGGCCCAUACCUCGAGGAAGCGGCAUCGCCUUGGAUUCUGUUUGCUCGUGGUACCAUGUCUGUCUUCAACAUGCUAUCGGGACCGCUCAUGUUUCCGGCUCUGCGAUGGAACGAUUCUCUGGAUAAUGCCCUCUUCGAUCUUUUGCUGUCCUACGGUGCAGACCCCAACAAAGCUCUUCUGGACCGGCCUGGAGCACACACAGUAUUCUCUCACUUCUUGAAGAUAGCCACGUCGCGGUUCCUCGGUGAGGAGUGUUUCGAAGGCUAUCUUAGAACAUUGGAUGCCUUCUUUAGGGCAGGCGCCAGUCUCGGUGUACCGCAUAAUGGAGCUGUUGAUCCAGAUGCAUCGGUUGCGUUUGGAAACCUUGCGAGGUCGUGCCCGGAGGAAUCAGUGCUAGCUUCUUAUUGUACAGAACUAAAAGGUCUCAUGUCGAAAUUGGCAGCUGAUCCAGGACGAGCUAGGUUCCUCUCAUCAGUGACUGAGAAGCUUAUUGCGCAUUGCUCCGGCGGGGAGGAAGAUUUGAAAAGACUGGUAUUGGCAAUAUCGGAGGGUCUCCCCAAGUAUGCUGCCGAGCCGUUGUUGCAGGUAAAUUGAUAGCAAGCUAGAGAUGAGCGAGAAACGGGGAGACACGCGGAAGAGGCGUCGAGAAAGCUGGGGUGGUUCGGCAUACGGUGAUGAUGUCAAGCAAGCUAGAGGAGAGUAAAAUGGUAGCUGCUCAAUUUCUUUCCAAGAAACAACAAGCGGUUAAAGCUUAAGAUGACUUAUAGUUAGGGGUAUAAAAGCUUGGAAAGGAGGCAUCAAGUAUCCAUAACAGAAUAUGAUAUGUUUAACG